UGCUGAUGGUACGACAAAGAACAUGAUGUGAACUGUUCAGCUCAAUGCAGAUACUGCAGAUUGUUUGAUCUUAUCAAAUUACUAAUAAUAUUUGGAUUUGAAAACUCUGUUUUAAUCGCUCAUAAUGGGAAAAGGUGGACAAAGGCGCAGAUGGGAGUAUUGUUGGACAGCUCUGUGGUUUUAUUUGCUGCUGUGCUUUGCGCCGCAGGUUUCAGCUCAGAUAAGAUACUCUAUUCCUGAGGAGGUUAAAGAGGGAUCCGUUGUCGGAAAUAUUGCAAAGGAUUUCGGUCUCGAUGUUGGUUCGUUAAAGCACAGACGGUUUCGUAUUGUUUCUGGAUUUAUGGACAACCUUUUCCAGGUAAACCAGAACAAUGGCGUCUUGUAUGUUCAUGAAAAAAUCGACCGAGAGGAGAUUUGUGAUGGCAAUGGUGCAUGUUUGCUAAACCUGAAAAUUGCCGUUGAAAAUCCACUUGAGGUUCAUUAUGUUGAAGUUGAAAUAACAGAUGUAAACGACAAUUUUCCUUCCUUUCCUGAAAAAGACCUGCAUAUUGAAAUAGCAGAAAACACCGCAAAGGGCGCACGCUUCGAUCUUCCAGUUGCGCGAGAUUUUGAUGUUGGCAUAUAUUCCAUCCGAUCCUAUAGACUUAAACAAAACGAUUACUUCGACAUAGAGAUAAAAGACAGCGAAUACGGCGAUAAAAGUCCUUUUCUGCUUUUACAAAAACCCUUAGAUAGGGAAAGUCAAGAGAAACACGUGUUAAUUUUAACUGCCAUUGAUGGUGGAAAUCCACCAAAAUCAGGCAUUUUACAUAUAUCUGUCACCGUCCUUGAUGUUAAUGACAACCGUCCGAUGUGCAGCAGAGACACAUACACUGUGAUGUUAAAGGAAAACUCCUCUCCCGGCUUUGUGGUUGCGUCUGUUAAUGCAUCUGACCCAGACGAGGGUAUUAAUGGAGAAGUGGAAUAUACAUACGGAAGAAAUGUACAACGUAAAGUACACGACGUUUUUGAUUUGGACAAGGUCACAGGUGAAAUACGCGUCAAAGGCAAAAUUGAUUUCGAAGAGAAUGAAAUGUAUAGUUUUAAUAUAAAGGCAUCUGAUAAGGGCCGCCCUCCAAUGAAUACUGACUGCAGAGUUGUCAUUAAAGUUAUAGAUGUCAAUGAUAAUGAACCUGAUAUUGAAAUAACGUCGCUUUCUAAUGUUGUUUCUGAAGACGCAAAGCCAGGGACAGUUAUUUCUCUUAUUAGCAUUACGGACAAAGAUUCAGGAAUAAACAGUAAGGUCGUUUGUAGUUUGUUAGAUGAUGUACCGUUUGAACUGAAGCCAUAUGUUCAGCAGAACAUGUAUUCUCUAGUAACAAAAGAGGGUUUGGACCGAGAAGUUACGUCCCAUUAUGACCUCACAAUAACAGCAACUGAUUUGGGCAGUCCUGCUCUUUCAGCAUCUAAAUCUCUAAGUAUAGAGGUGUCCGAUGUAAAUGAUAACACACCACAAUUUUCGUACAAUCCUCUUGAGAUUUACCUUUAUGAAAAUAAUCCGCCCGGUGGGUCUGUGUUCUCUGUGAGCGCAAGUGACACAGACAAAAAUGAAAAUGCCAUUAUUGCGUAUAACAUUAUAAGAGGCGAUCAGACACAUAGUGAUAUGGCUUCAUUCCUAAAUAUAAAUUCAGAAACAGGCGUAAUUAGCGCGCUGAAAAGUUUCGACUUUGAAACUAUCAAAAAGUUUCAGUUCUACGUGCUCGCUACAGACUCUGGUUCUCCGUCUCUGAGCAGUAAUGUGACAGUGAACGUGUUUAUUCUGGAUCAGAACGACAACGUUCCAGUGAUCUUAUAUCCAGUGAGUGCUAACGGUUCUGCUGAGGGUGUGGAGGAGAUUCCCCGCAAUGUGAACGCAGGUCAUUUGGUGACUAAAGUCAGAGCCUAUGACGCAGAUAUAGGAUACAACGGCUGGUUGUUAUUUUCCCUUCAGGAAGUUAGUGAUCACAGUCUGUUUGGUUUGGACCGCUAUACAGGACAGAUAAGAACCCUUCGCUCAUUCACAGAAACAGACGAGGCCCAGCAUAAACUGGUCAUACUGGUAAAAGACAAUGGGAACGUUUCUCUCUCAGCAACAGCGUCUGUAAUUGUGAAAGUUGUGGAGCCCAAAGAGGCUUUUGCAGCUUCUGAUGUUACAAACGCAGUGAAAGACGAGGAGGAAAACAACGUGACGUUUUAUUUGAUCAUCACAUUGGGCUCUGUGUCAGUGCUUUUUAUCAUCAGUAUCAUCGUGUUGAUUGUAAUGCAGUGCUCUAAAUCUUCAGACCAUUCGUCCAAGUAUUUACAAGAUGUGAAUUACGACGGGACUCUGUGUCACAGCAUUCAGUACAGAUCUGGAGACAAACGGUACAUGCUAGUUGGACCCAGAAUGAGUCUCGGUUCUACUUUAGCACCUGGCAGUAAUAGGAAUACUCUAGUGAUACCAGAUCGCAGGAGGAGAGAUUCUGGUGAGGUAAGAUUGACGGAUAAUUCUAUUCUCUCUGUUUUUGUGUCGGAAUACGCGAGCUGA